GUUUCAGCAUUUUCGACGUUGACGCGAACGAUUGGGAUGGCACGGAAAUGGCUGGAGGAGAGAAAGGAGAGAAAUGCGAUUUAAACUGGUUGGAAUGACGUCGAUGAUGAUCAAAAAAAUACGAGAAAAUCUUCCCAACAACCCAACAGUACCCGACAUUCUUUUGAUGGAGCGAUUCUUGAUUGGAAAGUUCGAAUUUGUCGUCGCUAAGCCCACACCAUCUUGGCUCGGAUCAUGCUUUGCAAAGAGAAUUAACCUUACAAAAAAGAUGCGGAAUGAUGUCAAACUCCUCGAGCUGUCGCCGAUAGAUGCUCAUUUUCUACGUUACCGCCCAUCUGAUGCUGCUUAGAAUCACCGAAUCAACAAUUCGACCAAGUGGCUGCUAAUGAUGGAUCCAAGGAAUCGGGAAUCGAGACGAGGCUCACACUAAGCCGAAAUAUUAAAUAAUAUUUAUGUUUUUUUCCCUUUUUUCAGAUUUAUUUUUUCAUUUUUCAUGUUCAAUAAACACAAUUUU